ACUCCUAUCUGUAAUUUGAUUCGUUAAAAAAAAAAAAAAAAAAAAAAAAAGCCUUUAGUCAAGAAACGAAGCAAAGGGCAUCCAGCUUCUCCUCCUUCCCAUUUCAUCCGAAAAUUUGAGAGGAAACCCAGAAAUUCAAUUCAUUCACUCCCCAGAUAACUUCGUAGUCUUCAAGCUAGCCGAGCAUUGGAAUUUUCUGACUUGUCUAUUCUAUUCCUAGAAAUAUGCAGGCAUCCAGGGCCAGGUUGUUCAAGGAAUACAAAGAGGUGCAGAGAGAAAAAACUGCCGAUCCCGAUAUUACACUUGUUUGUGAUGACACCAACAUAUUUAAAUGGACUGCUUUGAUCAAGGGCCCAUCAGAAACUCCUUAUGAGGGUGGUGUUUUCCAGCUUGCAUUUGCAGUGCCUGAACAGUAUCCUCUGCAACCUCCUCAAGUGCGAUUUUUGACAAAAAUCUUUCAUCCUAAUGUCCAUUUCAAGACUGGAGAGAUUUGCUUGGACAUCUUAAAAAAUGCUUGGAGCCCUGCUUGGACAUUGCAAUCUGUGUGCAGAGCAAUAAUUGCUUUGAUGGCUCAUCCGGAAGCUGAUAGCCCCUUAAACUGUGAUUCAGGCAAUCUUCUACGAUCUGGAGACUUAAGAGGAUUCCAGUCCAUGGCAAAGAUGUAUACAAGACUGGCAGCCAUGCCAAAGAAAGGAUAAGCUUAAGGCCUUAAGCACCCUCUUUGCUUGCAUACUGUUAUCGUUAAUCUGCGCAAUGAAGAGAGACAUUUAUCCCCCACGUCGUAUCUAUUUCUUCAUUGAUUUUAAAGUUUCAACGAAAAUUGUCUCUAAUUUGAGUAUAUUAUUAUAUGAUUGUCCCAAGAAGCUUUCCCCUGUUGGCUCUGCUCUGUAAUUCCAAGGUUAAAAAGUAUGAAAAAAGAACUUUGCCAAGCCCAAUUUUAAAAUGUAAUACUGUACUUCGUAAAAGAGAAUUCUGAUUUUUAUCUUUUUGCCAAACCCAAUGCUAAAAUGGUAAUACUUUGUAGUAAGUCUUAGGCCUUGUUUGGUUUUAUGUAAAAUAUUUUCAUGGAUACUUAUUUUUUCCAAUUA